CACGUGAUUGUGACGUCAGCGCACCCGCGCCUGACGGCCUGACGCCCUGCGCUGUCGUGGUUUAGCUGCUUUACACCACGGUGUGGUGGCGUUUGGGGUCUUUUUCUCCAGACUUCCUGGGCCUGGUCUCGGACUUAAGGAUGUACCACAACAGUAGCCAGAAGCGGCACUGGACUUUCGCCAGUGAGGAGCAGCUGGCACGAUUGCGGGCUGACGCCAACCGCAAAUUCAAAUGCAAAGCGGUGGCGAACGGGAAGGUUCUUCACAAUGAUCCAGUCUUUCUUGAGCCUCAUGAAGAAAUGACACUCUGCAAAUACUAUGAGAAAAGAUUAUUGGAAUUUUGUUCAGUGUUUAAACCAGCAAUGCCAAGGUCUGUUGUGGGUACAGCUUGUAUGUAUUUCAAGCGUUUUUAUCUUAACAACUCAGUUAUGGAAUAUCACCCCCGGAUAAUAAUGCUCACUUGUGCAUUUUUGGCCUGCAAAGUAGAUGAAUUCAAUGUAUCUAGUCCACAAUUUGUUGGAAAUUUACGGGAGAGUCCUCUUGGACAGGAGAAGGCACUUGAACAGAUUUUGGAAUAUGAACUGCUGCUUAUACAACAACUUAAUUUCCACCUUAUUGUCCAUAAUCCUUAUAGACCGUUUGAGGGCUUUCUCAUUGAUAUAAAGACCCGCUAUCCCAUGUUGGAGAAUCCAGAGAUUUUGAGGAAAACAGCUGAUGACUUUCUUAACAGAAUUGCGUUGACGGAUGCUUAUCUUUUAUACACACCUUCUCAAAUCGCCCUGACUGCCAUUUUAUCUAGCGCAUCCAGAACAGGAAUUACUAUGGAAAGUUAUUUAUCAGAAAGUCUGAUGCUGAAAGAGAACAGAACUGGCCUGUCACAGUUACUAGAUAUAAUGAAAAGUAUGAGAAACUUAGUAAAAAAAUAUGAACCACCCAGAUCUGAAGAAGUUGCUGUUCUGAAACAGAAGUUGGAGAGAUGUCACUCUGCUGAGCUUGCACUUAACGUAAUUACGAAAAAGAGGAAAGGCUAUGAAGAUGAUGAUUAUGUCUCAAAGAAAUCCAAACAUGAGGAGGUAUGUUCUCCUAAGAUAAAUAUCAAGUUAUUCUUAUUGUACAUUCUGGUGUGACCAUACUGUUAAGAUUUUAUUGUUCCAGAGUGCAAGCAUUAAAUAUAUUGAGAUGUGGGUUUUGAAAGCCUUAAUUUUUUUUUCCAUCCUUCUUUAUGUACAUUGUCAUUACAGGGAUUUUUCUCACGUUUGACUUUGUUCUGCAGGAGUCUAAUAAUGACUUGAUAAAGAAUCCUCUUUAUGGUUGUAAAACAGCAGGGAUAUAUGUACAUACGUGCUAAAUUUUUGCCCCCGUUUUUACUUUCCAAUGAUGUUUCUAUCCUUUUUUUUUUUUUUAAUUAUACCUGGAAAAUCAGAUAUAAAUGAAUAAUCAGAGGCAGAAGGUCACAACUGUAACCUUUAUUUCUGUCACUGGAGUAGUCUGGUGAAACCAUGCUAUAUUACUAUAGAUGAAACUACUACAAAUAUUCCUGGUUUAUCUAUCUUCUGUAAUCAUGAUAAAAGGAAUAUAUUUCCUAAAGGGAGGCAAGGAGGUAAAUAGUAGUUAUGCUUUAGUAUAAUGUUAUUCUUACUACAUUUUCUU